CAUGUUGACAGUGUAUGUUGUGCAUUCCUACUGUGUGUUUCGUCUCAUCCUAGUACAGUUGAAUCUUACAUCGACUCUUCAUCUGUACCUAUAUAUAUUUAAUCUUCCGCAAAUCGUUCAAUUGUGUGUUACGUUCACUGCAGUUUGCACAGAUGCAGUACAAAUCGAGUGAGUCUAGUAGGUCCUCCCUGUAUGCACACAAGAAACCCAGUGGCUUCACGCAGCGGCACAAACCUUCGGUACCACGGCUGGGAAAAUCCCACGAAGGGUUCAAUGUCGAUUCUGGGUUCGAAACGUCCGAAUUCGAGCUCAUUGAUUUCGCGGAGGACGUGUUCAAUUGCCAGGAUGAGCAUCCUCCACAAAUAAUCGAGGAAGCUGCCGCGCUUUUCGGGUUGAUAGCCGGAAGUGCCAAUCGUAAGCGUUCGACCAAUCACGGCCACUCUCGGACGUUGGAUCCCCAGAAACGUAAUCUGGGCCUGUUCCAAACCGGUAGAUUCCAACGGCGUAGGAAUAGGAGUCGAGUCUCGUUCGACUUUGACCUGUCACAUGACCCAGUUGAUGAUUCGCAGUUGAGUGGGAACCAUCGUCGGCACCAGUCGCGUCACUCUUCAUUUGGGAAGCAAAUCGUACCUCCAUCUGUGGCUGCAGAGGCUGGACCGCCGGUGGUGCAUCAGAAAAUGAACUGGAACCGGAGCGAUGCGGCCAAGGCAUUACUUUUCGAGACGAAAGCCAUCGAGCUGCUCAAGUCGCCCCACGUGCUUGUGUUACGCUUUCCCGAUCCAGAGCUGAACAAGGAAAUAGUGCAAAGCUACUCGACCAGCAUUGAAACGGUUAUAUUCCAUCGACCAUCAACACCGCGAUAUUGCCUUGUGCAUUUGAAACCAGAUGCGGAUGUUGACAGUGUUAUCCAGCAGCUUUCGAAAAUAUCUUUUGGCAGUGGGAAAAUCGCUGUUGAACGGAAAACGAGAAAUGUUGAACUGAAGCCAACGAUCAAACCCGAGGAAAUAGACCCCCUGACAUUGUUCAUCGGAAAUCUACCCAAUGCAGUUACGGUUUAUACGGUGAAACAGAUGUUCCCCUCGGCAAGGCGUAUCGACAUUGGUCAUGCCCAACGAAUGAAGAAUACCAGAUAUGCAUUUAUUCGAUUCCGCAAUGUACAUGAUGCCAUUGGAGCUUUUAAGGCGAAUUUUAAUAAAGUCAUCGAUGGGAAGAAUAUUAUUCUACGUUUCCGGCGCCAUAAUGCUCCAAUUGCUAUGCCUGAGGAUACCAGUACUCCAAAAACGUCGAAGCGACAGAAGGGAGCAGGACAAUUGUUUGUUUCUAUUGAACAGAAGCCGAAUCGUUGUGAACGAAGUGAUAAACCGAAGCUUGAGAUGUAUCAUUCUGAUACUCUGAACACCAUCAAAACAGAAAUACUGGACGAGGAAAUUGAGAAGAUAGUACGACAUCGAGUGAAGAUAGAACCACCGGAGGUCCCAAACAAUGAACUGGAACUCGAAGAAUCAAAUGAUGAGGAUGACAUUGAGGAUUUUUUGGAAGACGACGAAGACGCGGCAUUGAAUUUCGAUGACAUAAACGCGGAUGAGAAUGAAUGCACCGCUGAAGAUGAUGAUACCGAGAUAGAUGCAUUGGAUAAAAAUUACUGGACUUUGGAGCAACUCCGCAGCAAGGCCAGUGACGGAGCGUCGACUUCGACCUCGGACUCGAAGAAAAGUGACAUUCUAAUGGAACAGGAGUCGGGCACUAAAACAAGCUCCACAACAUUUAACACGACAAAGCCAAAAGAUCACAAACCAGCAACUUCAUUUAUUGUCAGCAAGCGACGUGACGAUCAGUUGCAGGAUCUGUUCAGCUGCCUGGAACCGGACGAUGAUUUGUCUCUCUAAAUGAUUGGUGCGCGUUUAUCAAGUCGCGUAAUUCUACUUUUUUGAAUGUUUCAUUAGGUACUUGACGUUCACAUAAACGUUGUCACAGUAUACUCAUUCCUUUAGACAAAACGAAUGAUAAUUAGAAUUUUCUCGUUAGCCGGCGUGUUUAAACCAGCUUACAUUUGCGUUCUGUGAUUUUCGGCCCAAGCAAUCUGAUCCGCACAACUCGUGAUUAUAUUGAUAUAGAAAGACUGCUUUUCAGUUAGUUUGUUGUAGUCGCUAGAGAGCUAUUCUAGUCAUUUUUGAAUCCUACUUUAAUAUUUCUGAUGAUUUUUAAAUCAAAGACUGUUCAAUUGCCAAUUGAUUAUUUAUUUGCAUCUUUAGAAUUUCUGAGAAUAAAAUGGUGAAUUUCUGACGAAUAAUUUCG